UAGAGACAGCGUUCCGGAGCGGGCGGCCCGGGCUCUCCUCGCCCCGCCCCGCCCCGCCGCCUGGGAAGGAAUGCGGGAAAGCCGUGGGCCCGUCCGUCCCUCCGCUCCCCGCACCCGAGAGUCGGGCCGGAACGUCCUGGUGGUGGCAUUUACUUAUAUCGAAACUGUAACAUACCGUUGAGCAGCUCACACCACACGCUCUCAUUUACCGUCGUCAGGAAGUGAACUCUUGGAGCUGAAAAUGUGUGUCUAAAAUGCAGUCUGAGCUCAGCAGAAAUCUUUGGACUGCCCUCCCCUGUCCUCCAAAAUUGGAUCAUGAAGGUGUUGGAAAAAAAUUGCUUGUGGGUGUUGCUUCCGUUGCUUCACUUGACAGCGGGUGCCGCGGAGCACGAAGAGGCGGUGAAACAUGCCAUCAGGUUGCACCGAGGCAGAGGGGCGGCUGUCGCUCAGAGGAGGCAGUGGGCCCUUGAGAGCUGCAGAAAGCUCUCCGGGCUUCUACGCCAAAAGGCCGUGGUUCUUAACAAACUGAAAAAUGCAAUCCGAGCCGUGGAGAAAGACGCCAGCCUGUCAGACGAAGAGAAGCUGUUUCAGGUGCACACAUUCGAAAUUUUCCAGAAAGAGCUGAAUGAAAGUGAGAACUCGGUCUUCCAGGCCAUCCAUGGGCUCCAGAGGGCCCUGCAGGGCGACUACAGGGAUGUGGCGAACAUGAAGGAGAGCAGCCGGCAGCGGCUGGAGGCCCUGCGAGAAGCUGCCAUCAAGGAAGAAACAGAAUACAUGGAACUUCUGGCAGCAGAAAAACAUCAAGUGGAGGCCCUCAAAAACAUGCAACAUCGAAACAGAAGCUUGUCCAUGCUUGAUGAAAUUCUGGAAGACGUAAGAAAGGCAGCGGAUCGUUUGGAGGAGGAGAUAGAAGAGCACGCUUUUGACGACAAUAAGUCAGUCAAAGGGGUCAAUUUUGAGGCCGUUCUGAGGGUGGAGGAGGAAGAGGCCAAUUCCAAGCAAAACCUCACAAAACGGGACGUGGAGGAUGACUUAGGCCUUAGCAUGCUGAUCGACUCCCAGAACAACCAGUACAUCUUGACCAAGCCCAGAGACGCCACAAUCCCCCGUGCAGAUCACCACUUCAUAAAGGACAUCGUUACCAUAGGGAUGCUGUCUUUGCCUUGUGGCUGGCUGUGCACCAUGCUCGGGCUGCCCACCAUGUUUGGUUAUAUUAUCUGUGGUGUACUCCUGGGACCUUCGGGGCUAAACAGCAUUAAGUCCAUUGUACAAGUGGAGACGUUAGGAGAGUUUGGUGUGUUCUUCACUCUUUUUCUUGUUGGCUUGGAAUUUUCCCCGGAAAAGCUGAGAAAGGUGUGGAAGAUUUCCUUACAAGGACCGUGUUACAUGACGCUGCUGAUGAUUGCAUUUGGCUUGCUGUGGGGACACCUGUUCCAGAUCAGACCCACUCAGAGCGUCUUUAUUUCUACCUGCCUGUCCUUGUCGAGCACACCCUUAGUGUCCAGAUUCCUCUCGGGCAGUGCCCGGGGCGAAAAAGAAGCAGGCGACCUUGACUACAGUGCCGUGCUGCUUGGGAUGCUGGUGACGCAGGAUGUGCAGCUGGGGCUGUUCGUAGCCGUCAUGCCCACGCUGAUCCAGGCGGGAGCCAGCACGUCCUCCAGCAUUGUCAUGGAAAUGCUGCGAAUCCUGGCUCUGAUCGGUCAGAUUCUGUUUUCGCUGGCUGCUGUCUUUCUCUUAUGUCUUGUCAUAAAGACUUACCUCGUGGGGCCGUAUUAUCGGAAGCUGCAUGUGGAAAGCAAAGGGAACAAAGAGGUCCUUGUCUUAGGGAUCUCUGCUUUCAUCUUCUUCAUGUUGACGGUCACAGAGCUGUUGGACGUCUCCAUGGAGCUGGGCUGCUUCCUGGCCGGAGCGCUCAUCUCUUCCCAAGGCCACGCGGUCACCGAGGAGAUCAUGGCUUACGUGGAGCCUAUUCGAGACUUCCUGGCGAUUGUGUUCUUCACGUCCAUAGGCCUGCACGUGUUCCCCACCUUCGUGGCGUACGAGCUCACCGUGCUGCUGGUGCUCACCCUGUCGGUGGUGAUCAUGAAGUUUGUCCUGGCAGCCCUGGUUCUGUCUCUCCUCCUGCCGAAGACCAGCCAGUACAUCAAAUGGAUCGUGGCCGCGGGCCUGGCCCAGGUCAGCGAGUUCUCUUUCGUCCUGGGGAGCAGAGCGCGCAGAGCGGGCAUCAUUUCCCGGGAGGUGUACCUCCUCAUCCUGAGUGUGACCACGCUCAGCCUCCUACUGGCCCCAGUGCUGUGGAGAGCUGCGACUGCGAAGUGUAUGCCGCGACCAGAGAGACGGUCCAGCCUCUGAGGGCCCUGAGGUGAUACCCCGCCGCUGUGGGAGUGCCAUUUGCACAGUUCUGUAGUCGCACGUUCCUGUGAGCCCUCCGUGGAAGGGAGGCGUCUUCAUUUCCGCCAGCUUUACAAACUCUCUCGGCCCCAUUUAGGAUCUUCAGAGUAAUUUAUUGCGUUCAUCGAUCCUGCACAGCAUAGCGUAGCGCUGUUUACAGAUUGCCUUGACUAUUUUGCCUGGAUGUGCCUUUUUUUCUGAAAUCAAUGUUAACUUUCUAUUGUUAUUCAUGAUUUUAUUCAUCAGUUCAUGACUUUUUGGUAAAGAAAAAUUUCGAAGCUUUUUUAUUUAUUGUGCAACUUCAGUGUUGUAAUCUGUUGGUCAGUAUUUGUUAUUAAAACAUUUCUGUGAUGUGAAGUUUUAAUUCUGGCAAUGGGUUUAGAAAGUUACUUUUAAUCCUUAAAGCCUAUGUUUUCUAAAAUGAGACAAAAAUCUUCUAAAUGUCUAUUUGCUUUUUACUAUAAGAAUUUUAAACAAACACUUUCAUGUCGAUGUUUUAUUAGGUGUGUCAUUCUUUUAAGAUAUUUGGUUUGAGUCACAAGAAUAUGCGUUCUUUAAUAAAGAUCAUUUAUG